GAAGUAAGCAAAAAGAAGCCCGUCUGGAGGGGAAGAGAUUAGUAUCUGAGCUGCUGCAGAAGAGGCAGGGUUUUUCAGAAGUACAGAAGGAUGGUUUGGAUGGAGUGGUGCAAACUUCCGAACUGAGCCUCAACUAGGUCCUUGAGAGCUCUUUAAUGGUGGAUGAAGAGAGAAAUGAUCCCGUUCACCUUGGCAUUGUAUUACCAUCUCUGAUUCAUCUGGAAUAUCUCACCCCUCAACAGCUGACCAUCAUGAAUGCCUCAGCACAGCCACUCACCAACAACACCCCACUCUGCUACUCCAUCAACAGUCCCCCAUUCGCGUUCAAACCCACCAUCGCCUCAGCCUACUUCUCAUCCAUCUUUGGCAGUUUGGGUCUUCUCUCCAAUCUCAUCGCCUUUGUAGUUCUCCUCAAAUCUUUCCGACGGACUCAUAGCCGCUCACGAUCCUCCUUCCUGAUCUUCCUGGGUGGCCUGGUGGUCACGGACUUCAUGGGUCUUCUGGUUACCAGCUCCAUCGUGAUCUCCUUCCAUGUUACACACUUUAAUUGGCGGGAGUUAGAUCCAGACUGCCACUUCUGCAACUUCAUGGGCAUGUCCAUGGUCUUCUAUGGACUGUGCCCACUCCUGCUUGGUGCCGCCAUGGCCUUGGAGCGAUUUAUUGGCAUCAACUAUCCAUUUGCACGCUCCAAGCAAUCCAAAGCCGGCACAGUCUCCAUGGUGCUGAUGGUGUGGUUGAUUGCCGGCUGCAUAGCUUUGCUGCCUCUAAUAAACGUUGGGAGCUACCACAUGCAGAUGCCGGGUUCUUGGUGUUUCUUCAACAUCAGCUCAAAGGGAAAUGACCUGGUCUUCUCCCUGCUCUUCUCUCUAGUCGGCUUGGUGUGCAUCGCAGUGUCAUUUUUGUUGAACACUAUAAGUGUCGUGACCCUGAUCAAGGUGUGUUGUGGAGAAGACCGAUCCCAGCGCCGCCGAGAUGGCGAAAUAGAGAUGAUGGUUCAGCUCAUCCUCAUCAUGGUUAUUGCUUCUAUCUGCUGGUGUCCUCUCUUGGUCUUUAUUGCCCAAACUGUGCUGUCCAAAGUUCCUCUUCAGAUCAGAUCCCUACUGCUGUGGAUACGCUUCGCCACCUGGAACCAGAUCCUGGAUCCCUGGGCAUACAUCCUGUUCCGCAGGGCGGUUCUUAAGGGAAUCUUCCCCCGUCUCGACUGGUCUCGGGGCUCAAUCAUGACACUGUACCCAUCUCUAGGCAGCACCAUCCGCAGGUUCACACGCCCUUCACUUACGAGUACCGUGAGCUUAGACGAAACUUGAUUGGUUGGAUUGAGUUGCUUUUGAAGAAGAUGGAGGGACUUUCAGUAUGUGUUUGAAUAUAUUUUUUCACGUGAUUUGUGACCAAGAUAAGAAUCAGGAUUGUAUCGAUCAUUUUUGAUGAUAGUAUGAUUUGUUUUCUUGCAUAUCUUUGAUUUUGUUAGCAGUAUUAGCAACACAAAUUCAAUAUAUUGUCUCUGUAGCCUGUUUACAAAGCACAAUUGUCUGAUAAGAAACAGGUUUUUAGCUAACUACAUGAAAGCUUUUUCAGAGGGAACAGGGGCUCUAGUCAUUCAUGCAGUCUAUUUAAUGUGAUCCUUUAUUCUGGUAGGACAUUCUGAAUUUUAAACACAUGUACUUUUCACUCAGAUGCUCUGGAGUGUCAUUUCAGACAUUGGAAGAAAUAUUUUAUUAAUGUUUUCCAGGAACAUGCCAAGGACUGUUAAAUUGUUUCCUUUCUGAGAGAAUUCAUCCUGAGAUGGUUUGAAGAACCUUUGAAUUUUAAAGGUGCAUCAAACCAGUUCAGGAUGGAGACUGGAAUAAAACAAUGGAGCAUGUCAUACUGAAACCGGGCUGGUCCUCAUCCUGUACAGCUGCUUGUGUGAAAAUGCUUUGACUCAAAUGAAAUAAUACUUAGACUGCCAGAGGCCUCCCAUAAAGUUCUCUUUGUAAGAACCUAUUUAAUACAUUACAAUGAAUAUUUUCUUUGUUUAAGCAAACCCACAAAAUUUGGUGACAAAGAAAGGAUCAGUUAUUGAGUUUUAACAAUGGGAUCCUGUUCAUCAGAUUCCUGGUUUGUCAAAAGGAGAAAGAAGUUCAAAAUUGUCCAUUUUUUUCACUGUAAACUUCAACAGCCACAGUAUUUUUGUAGUAUUAACAAGUUGCUUUAACAUAAAUGCUACAUCAUGCUUGACAUCCGCCAAUCUGCAUCACUGAUAUAAAGAAUGGAGAUGUUGUUGUAUUGGGACGAUAUGUCAUAUAACUUAUACAAAUAUACAUAUCAAUGUCAAACUGUCUUAUGCUUAAUAGACAGAUCACCUCAAAAAAAUGAACAUACAUUUCUCAGCUGCCACUGUCAAGAGUCCAACGAUGAAGAUUAAGGUUUGGUUUGACUGAUUUUGGAGAUAUAAAUAACUUUCUGUUGUUUUGUUUUAGCACCUAAAACUUUAAGAAAGAUGAUGAGACAUAAAAUGUAAGGUGUCUUGUGUGUCGUCUAAUUUUAAUUGAAUUCUAAUACUUCCAUCUGGACGAAAUGUCAUUGUCUUAUCUAAUUGUGUGUAUGUGCAUACCUACCUCAGUUUGAGAUCUGGUGAAUAUUACCUGUUCUCAUAUUUCCCAGACCCAGAAUUACAUUAGAGUUUAAAAUUCAAAUGAAAAUUUUGUUUUGGCCCAAAUUUGAAUAA